AUCUCAGAAGCCCAAUCAUCAAAGCCAGUUGAGCUGAACUCAAGUACGGUUCAAAUCGGACCAUUUUUGCUCUAUUUUUCUUUAACAACACAUUCCAUAGCAGAAAGCAGUGAGAUCUGCUACGAGCUAAUUCGAAAAUGGAGUAUCGCAAAAUCAAAGAUGAGGAUGAUGAUGGUGGAACUGUAAGUGAUGACAUUGAGAAUCUAAGAGGCACAGGGUUUCCAGGGGUUGCUUCCGUAAGUAAUGUUCCUCCAAGGGAACAGGCUAAGUGGAAACGCAAGACAAUUGUUACACUUGCAUUGACUUUUCUUACAAGUUCACAAGCAAUACUUAUUGUCUGGUCGAAGAGAGCUGGGAAGUACGAGUAUAGUGUUACCACAGCGAACUUUAUGGUGGAGACUUUGAAAUGUGCCUUGUCACUUGCAGCCUUGGCGAGAAUAUGGAAAAGUGAAGGUGUUACAGAUGAUAACAGGUUGAGUACAACCCUCGAUGAAGUUAUUGUUUAUCCCAUUCCUGCCUUACUUUAUCUUGUCAAGAAUUUGCUACAGUAUUACAUCUUUGCCUAUGUUGACGCACCGGGUUAUCAAAUACUGAAGAAUCUGAAUAUUAUCAGUACUGGUGUUUUGUAUCGUAUCAUCCUUAAGAAAAAAUUAAGUGAGAUUCAAUGGGCAGCUUUUAUUCUCUUAUGUGCUGGCUGCACAACAGCACAACUAAAUUCUCGUUCCGAUCAAGUACUUCAAACACCUCUGCCAGGUUGGAUAAUGGCCAUUGUGAUGGCUCUUUUGAGUGGAUUUGCAGGAGUCUACACUGAGGCUAUAAUUAAGAAGCGUCCUUCAAGGAAUAUAAAUGUGCAGAAUUUCUGGUUGUAUAUCUUCGGAAUGGCCUUCAAUGCUGUAGCAAUACUAAUACAAGAUUUUGUUGCUGUCAUGAACAAGGGCUUCUUCCAUGGAUACUCAAUAAUUACCACUCUCAUGAUCCUUAACCAUGCACUCAGUGGAAUUGCUGUAUCGAUGGUAAUGAAAUAUGCGGACAAUAUUGUGAAGGUCUAUUCCACCUCUGUUGCAAUGCUUCUCACUGCCGUUGUUUCCGUCUUUCUCUUUGGCUUCAAUCUGACCCUUGCUUUCUUCCUUGGUGCCACUGUUGUAUCGGUAUCGGUUUACUUGCACUCUGCCGGGAAGCUGCAAAGGUAGCGACUUCCUGCAUUGGGUUCGCCCCGACAAUGUGAAGUCUUGUGCAUUCAGAUUUAGUUCAAGUGUUAAACAGUGUUUAAGGGGUAAGUUCCCAGACUUUAAUUCCUUGUUUAACCAUUUUUUAGCAGUUUAACUUUCUUUAUUCUUUUGGGUGUGUUUUAUUGAGUUAUCCUGUGGUAAUUCUAAACUUUUAAUCUUUGAUAAUAUUAAACUCGA